AUUAUCCUCCUUUCGAACAAGCACCUCCACCAUCUUUUCAAUGUUUCAUUUUCAAUCAACAGCAGUGGCUUGUAUACCUCUACAAAACGAUUGAUGAUAGAGCAGCCAUGUGGAGCCCACUUUAAAUGAAUAAUACGUGUCCUGACUGUAAAAAAUAUAUAUAUAUAUAGUGCAUUUCGUGGUUCGUUUAGUCUGCUGUUGCCUUGUAUGUUAGCCAAAAAUGUGUUAAAUUCGCCGAAUUAACAAAUAUUGAGUGUGACGACUGAACAUGUCGUGCAGUCUGCUUCUCUCUCUCCCUCUUUCGCUCUCUCUCACUUUCUCUCUCCAAGAGUGUGGGGCUGCUGGUUACAAGUGGUGGUGAGGGUUUCGUGAGAGGAGCAACAACGAGACAGGAGCGUUCUGAGAAGCAACAGAACAUGGUGCACGUACGAGACAGGUUGGAGUAGCCUAGUAGCCUACCGGGAAAAACCGUUUUGGAUUUGUGCAAUACUUUGAGAAAACAAAGUCAUUUUUGAAGACAGUCCUUGGUUAUUGUUUUUUUCGCCUGAUACAAUAAUUGGUCGAAAUAUUUUGACAAAAGAGAAAAGGAUUACUUGUAGUGGCACAUUGUUUGAUUUGUAAAGACAAAAGGGGCAUGACAAAACAGAACAUUUCACAAGAUAAGAUUUACAAGAUACAUCAGAACAAAAAAUUGUUGUCUAUGCAUCGAUCAAAACAAGAUUGGCACUCGUGUAACAGAAAACGGAUAAUCGAAAUAUAAAGCUUGAUUCACAAAGAUUCUUCCAGACCAGUGUAUCUUCAGCGCGGGUUUCAGGGCAUAAGUGUAAGAUCAAUUAUUUUUAAUUUUAACACCACAGAUGCGUUUCCCUAGAUUUCUGUUUUAAGGGAAGGUGCUUUGUCUGUCACCGGGAAUAUAUGCAAUUGAUGUUUCAGCGUCCAUAAAGCUAAAAUACUUGUCUUUGGGCGUUGCAAUAUUUGUAUUCCGGAAGCAUCUCUUGUCACUUCUUAUGUUUAAUUGCAUUCCCUUCUGUAACCAAAGACAAUCCACUUUACUCUUAGCUGGCAUAUUGGUGUAUCAAGCACACUGCUCCAUUUACUAGAGCAGAUACACAAAACUGCCACAGGCUGGAGAAUACUUCUCGAUGUUUACCGACUUGAGCUUCCAAGAGGAGUACAGCGGAAAAGUGCCGGUUCACCAUCAACGCGCUACAUGAAGAUCGCCAGCCAGGUGUUGGGGUUCCCGCGCAGAAAUGCCAGUGCGUGCUGUGACCUCCAGGUCCAGGUUCAUGUACCGCGGUCUCUGCACUAUCCCUGAUAUCCUGUCCUAUCAUCCUCCCAUCAAGCUGCCGGACGAUGAGGUAGAGGAGAUCCGUGAGGCCUUCAAGGUGUUUGACCGCGAUGGGAACGGCUACAUCUCCAAGCAGGAGCUGGGCGUGGCCAUGCGUUCCCUGGGCUACAUGCCCAACGAGGUCGAGCUGGAGGUCAUCAUCCAGAGACUGGACAUGGACGGCGAUGGUCAGGUGGACUUUGAGGAGUUUGUCGCAUUGCUGGGGCCUAAGCUGUCAGCAACAACCAUGCCAGACAAGUUUCAUGGAGCAGACUUUGAUUCUGUCUUCUGGAAGUGCGACAUGCAGAAGCUGACAGUGGAUGAACUCAAGAGGCUCCUUUACGACACCUUCUGCGAUCACCUGACCAUGAAAGACAUUGAGAACAUCAUUAUGACAGAGGAAAAACACCUCAACAGCCCCGAGUGUCAAGUGGAUAUUAACACAAGCCCCAAGCAUCAGAUGAAACACACGUGCGUGCGGAAAAGCCUCAUAUGUGCCUUCGCCAUCGCGUUCAUCAUCAGCGUCAUGCUCAUCGCAGCCAAUCAGAUGCUCCGCAGAGGUAUGAGUUAAAACGUCAUCCUCACAACAUGAAGGAGAUCGAUGUGACUCGAUCAGAAAAUUGGAUGCAUCCUCUUAUCCUGCGAUUCCCCGGUCCAGUGACUCAGACACCAACCAAGUAAAAGUCAAGAAUGUUUCAUAGUGAUGAAAUCAUCCCAGAACUGCCCUCAUAUCCACAGAAUAUGACUCACUCUUCAGAGAAAGCAAAGUCCCUCAACUUUACUUUCACUGAUAGUAAUGAAUAAUACAUAAACUGCAUGUCUUAAACAGAAAAUAAAUGUAUAUUUAUGUGGGUUUCCAAAAACAUAUUAUGAAACAUAAUGUAAGAAGACAGGGUAAGCUGUAUUGAAAAAGUUGAGUAUUUUAUGAUGCAAAGGUAAUAAGGAAAAAGCAAAGACAAAAAAAUUGUCAGUUGUUGUCAGAGUUUAGUGCACGUAUUGUGUUCUACAUCUCAUUUAGUAUACAUCCUCAGUAUUUAUAGCAUCUUUGGGAGCUAAUGGUCCCAACCAUCUUUGUAACACCCUGAACAUUUGCGGGCAGAUGGAGAAUGUGAACAUAUUCCUUGAGCUCUUGAGUCACAGAGACGUUAAUCUUAAUUGGCAUGGCUCUCACAUCUUUCACUCGCUCUCUGAAGGGCAUACGGUACCGAUUCUCUCAAAAGCCCUCGGUCUGUCUCUGGGAGUGAUCCCGGCCUGUUCUACUGAGUGUGGACCGCUGAGGGGGUAACAGGGUUCUUAGGACCAAACCAAUCGAAAAAAAAGAAAAAGAAAAAAACAAUCUACAGGGAAAAAUGAAGAACAAUUUCUUUAGAAAGAGCAUUCAGGGGAAUGCAGUUUAUGCAGUAUGUAUGUCUUCCAAAAUCAGUCAGAAAA